AUGACGAGCUUUAGCCACAAUAAUAUAACUGUAGAAUAUCUACAGUCACUUUUAAACGGUAGUUUAUCUGCAAGGGAAGUUUUAGAAUUAAUAAAACAUGUACAUAUAUUUUUGUUAAAUGAGUUUAAUGUAGAGGUUAUAAGACUUCUUCUGGAUAUUAUUUUGUACGUCAAGAAAGAUGAAUGUUUUGAUGCAUUUAUUGAGUUAUAUUUUGACUUUAAAAAUAGUGCUGAUUUUAUAAAUAUUAUUUUACAAUGUAAAGAUGUUUAUUUUUUACGUUUUUUUAGAUAUUUAAGAGAUUUAGAUAUUGAUAAGACAGACUGGAAUAAUUAUAUUAAAAACACUAUAUUGUAA